AAAUAAGAACUGACUAUGAAUACCGGCCUAUGUCUAUGAAUUUUACCAUCGACACCGCCAUCGCUUUCGUCGGUAAUUUUACAUAACCUCUAAAAUAGAUGGCAAUACUAUACGAGACUAGAUAAGUGUCCUCCGAGAAAUAUCGAGCUUUUCUCUGGGGAGUCUAGAGUUUCAUUGUAAUUUUGGAAAAAAAAUCGCUCAAAUAAAUUAUGCGAUUUCUUCAGAAACACCUUCUUUUGCAUUAAUCACAUAUAGGUUUUAUCUGGUAGCGAAUUGACGUCGCAAUGAGUCUGAGACAAAUCUACGACAUUGUCGUUCGUCGGAACGUGCGAGUCCAAAGCGUUCUCGGGAGAUUUUUCGCCACAGAGUCGACAGAAUCUAAGAACGAGGCCGUCGACAUAACCGCUGCCGACGAGAAACCAAUAUACUCCCCAAUGGACGAUUCGCAAUUUCAAGAGGAGCUUGCCAGGAAGCGGAACAAGUCCCGACUGAGUCCGCAAGACAGGAACGUGCUUAUGGGCCUACGUCCUUAUGAUAAGCCUAUGUCAUGGCAUCACUAUAAAGUGAAAUACAAGAGAGUUAUGUUGGGUAGAUAUGGAUUGGCAGCCAAUGGCAUUCCGGCAGGAUUUGCUUGGCCCACUCGGAAAGAAAUCAGAAAUGCUGAAGAGUAUGAGAGAGUUGCUUUCCCAUUAUCUCUUCAGGAAAGAUGGAAGGAGCUGGAGGAGAGAAAGCAGAGAAAAGCUGACCAGAUUAAAGCAAGGGAAAACCAAUUACUCGAGAAAGCGAUGAAAAUGGGUGAAUGGAGAGCCCAGUUGAAUGCUAAAAUUGUUAAGAAAGAAGCCGAGUUAGAGGCUGCGAGAUUGCGCAAGGAACGUCUGGUAGAGGAAAUCAGGAGACAUUUUGGCUUCAAGAUUUCGCCUCAUGAUGAAAGAUUUAAAGAGAUGCUAGUGCAGAAAGAAAAGGAGGAGAAAAAGAAGAAGAAAGAGGCUAAAAAGCAGGCGAGACUCGAGAGGAUAACUAAUAUGAUCCAAAGAGUGAGCAAAGACGAGAGUCAAAAACAAGUAACCGAUUCAACAAAAUCUGUAGAAUAAUAAUAUUUUCAUUCAUGAGAAAUAAAAAUGUAAAAUUUUAAUUGUAGCUAAUAAAUUUAUAAUUCUUAACU